UGCAAUACGCUGUACGUGUACACCUUUAACAUAAUUCAUAAAUAUUAUCUUAAUUCUUCAUUAUUAAGUUCGAGUUACUAUUAAUACCUAUUGUUAUUUAUUAAUUAUUGUUGAAUAGGUAACAUAUUAGAUUUAGUUUGCUCUUUACUACUUAAGGCAGUUUUUCAUUUUAAUUGUUAAUCCAUAAUUCAAAUCUAUAGGUUAUAUAAGGAACCGAAAAUGCAUAAUAAAGAUUUAAUAAAAUCUAGCUGGGCAGAUGAAGUAGAAGAUCAUUUAGAAAAGACAACGUUACCGUCUCCAAAAAUUGAACAACAUGGCAAUACCAAAAUAAUAACUGAAUACCGAUGGAAUAAGGAUGAUAAAAAAGAGAAAGUUGUACGGACUUAUAAGAUAGAAAAACGUGUUGUAUCCAAGUCUAUUGCUGAACGCAAGGCAUGGUCAAAAUUUGGAGACUCAAAAAAUGAUAAACCAGGACCAAAUAUUGCUACUACUAUUCCAGCUGAAGAAAUACAAAUGCAAUUUUUAACUGGAAAAGAUGGCGACCAGUUGGAAGAUAAUCCAUUAGAUAAAUUGAAGAAUGUCAAUAUGAAUAUUAAAUGCCGAAACUGUGGUGGUGAGCAUUGGUCAUUUUCUUGUCAUUUCAAAGGUACUGGAUUAGCAGUAGAUGAUAAAAAAUUGGUACCAGAACAAAUAUCAGAACCUGAAAAGAAUACUAACACAAACAGACCUUAUAUUCCACCAUCUGCACGAGAAGGGGCUACAAAUACAGCUGGAAAACGUGAUCCAUAUGGUCGCAACUUUGAUGAAGUGCCAGCUAUUCGUAUUGAAAACUUAUCGGAGAGUACAUCUGAAGCUGAUUUGAGUGAUCUAGUUAGUAAAUUUGGUCAAGUUGCUCGGAUAUUCUUGGCUACUAACAAGGUCACAGGUACUUGCAAAGGUUAUGCUUUUGUUAACUUCAAGUCAAGAAUGGAUGCUGAACGAGCUAUUAAAGGUCUACACGGAUAUGGUUAUGAUCAUUUAAUUUUAAAUGUUAGUUGGUCAACAAAUAACCAUAAAAGUACUAAUUAUUAAAUAAAUAAAUACUAUUUUAUUGCAAAUAAAAUUUAUUAAAUUUGUUAUAUUUUA